UACAUGAAAAAUUAGAAGAAUAAUAUUGUAUGUGCGUGUAAGAAGAAUCUGAGAAACUUGUUGCUCAAUCACGAUCAGUCUCAGAGUUCAAAGGGAAUGAAUGCUUUUUCUCAGAAGAACAACAACACCAACUUUAAUCGUUCCAUUGUUGUUUCCCUUUAACCCCAAACAGUUAUUAUAAAACCCAACAACCAUCGGGUUUCGGAGAUACAAUGAUUGGGCGCAGAGACAGAGAGGGACCCUUGAUGAGGAACAACAACCCAAACUCUCUACGCAAAUCCAGGGUCCUAACCGCAGUUGCAAUUGGCGUCCUUAUUGGAUGCGUCUUCGCGUUCUUGUACCCCAAUGGCUUCUUCGUUUCUGACUCUGUCGCUGCUAAUCGCCGCCUCUCUAACGCAGGAUCCAUAGCCCAGGAAAAUUCAGCUGGAUGUGAAUCCUCAGAUCGGGUCAACCUGUUGAAAUCAGAGUUUGUAGCGGUAUCAGAGAAGAAUGCUGAGCUAAAAAAACAGGUGAGGGAAUUGACUGAAAGGCUUCGCCUUGCAGAGCAAGGGAAAGACCAGGCUCAAAAGCAGUUCCUUACGCUAGGUAAACAGGUUAAAGCUGGACCCUUUGGUACAGUAAAGGGACUGAGAACCAACCCUACUGUUGUUCCUGAUGAGUCUGUGAACUCGAGAUUGGGAAAGAUAUUAGAGAAAGUUGCAGUUAAACGAGAGCUUAUAGUUGGACUUGCAAACGCCAAUGUAAAGGAGAUGCUGGAGGUAUGGUUCACCAACAUCAAGAGAGUUGGCAUAACCAACUAUCUAGUUGUUGCUUUAGACGAUGAGAUUGUGAAGUUUUGUGACUCAAAUCAAGUGCCAGUGUAUAAAAGAGAUCCAGAAGAUAGUGUUGAUGUAAUUGGAAGAAUCGGGAGUAACCAUGCUGUCUCUGGUCUUAAAUUUCGUAUUCUAAGAGAAUUUUUGCAGUUGGGAUACAGUGUUCUUCUAUCAGAUGUGGACAUUGUAUAUUUGCAGAAUCCAUUCGAUCAUCUAUACCGGGAUUCAGACGUGGAGUCGAUGAGCGAUGGUCACAGUAACAUGACAGCAUACGGCUAUAACGAUGUCUUUGAUGAACCUGCAAUGGGUUGGGCUAGAUUUGCUCAUACUAUGAGGAUAUGGGUUUUCAACUCUGGUUUCUUCUAUAUUAGACCAACAAUCCCUUCAAUCGAGCUUUUGGAUCGUGUGGCAACACGACUUUCGAAAGAGAAGGCUUGGGACCAGGCUGUUUUCAAUGAGGAACUCUUUUACCCAUCACAUCCUGGUUAUGAUGGGCUUCAUGCUUCCAGAAGAACUAUGGAUAUGUAUCUCUUCAUGAACAGCAAGGUUCUGUUCAAGACAGUGAGGAAUGAUGCUAACCUCAGCAAAUUGAAGCCUGUAAUUAUUCACGUGAAUUACCACCCUGAUAAACUUCCCCGAAUGAAAGCAAUUGUUCAGUACUACGUUGAUGGAAAGCAGGAUGCUCUCAAACCUUUCCCAGAUGGCUCAAAUUGAUAAUCUUGCUGCUGCUGAGAGUAUAUUUUUUUUCGGGUCAAUUGCUUAGAACAGUUUCACAGUAGAUUUCAUUAGCUACAAAGCAUGUGUAGGUACAAACUGAUAUCAUCUUAUGAGUACAUUGAGUUAUGCUUUUAGGCCUCAUUCUGUUUCUUUCUAUUCCUUUUUAAUGCAUGUUUUUGGUGGGGCUUACAUGGAUUUUCUUCUGUAACAUUUGUUGUAUGCUAAUUUGAAGUUUUUUGUUGUUUCUUGGUCAA